GACAAAUUUGUUACUAGGCAGACGGUUGUUUCCAACAUGGCAGCGUCAAGCAACGCGAAGGGAACGCAGUUGGAAGAUAUGGAAGAAGAUGCAGGAAUUAAAGAAGAGAUGGAUUCAGAUGAGGAGGAAGGUAUGAAGGUCGAAAGUUCAGAAGAUGAUGAAGACGAUUUAUCGGAAGAUGAUAAAGAAAACGAGGCCGAAAUUCAGCGUUUGGAGGAGCAGCUAUCAAUUAAUGCGUUUGACUACAACUGCCAUUUGGACCUCAUCAAACUGUUGAGGCAAGAGGGAGAGCUGAGCCGUCUUCGCAGCGCUAGACAGAAGAUGAGCGAACUUUUCCCACUCACAGAAGAGAUCUGGCUUGAGUGGCUUAAAGAUGAGAUUCGCCUGACAGAGGAGGAGAGUAACCGAGAGAAAAUCUAUGAACUCUUCGAAAAGGCUGUGAAAGACUACAUCUGUCCAGAUAUCUGGCUUGAAUAUGCCCAAUACUCUAUUGGUGGCAUGGGUUCACCUGCUGGCCUGGAGAAGGUCCGAUCCAUUUUUGAGCGCGCCCUGACGGCAGUGGGUCUCCAUAUGACCAAGGGGUCGACCGUGUGGGAUGCCUACAGGGAGUUUGAGAAUGUGAUGCUGUCCACUGUACAGCCUCCUGCAGGCAGCGUUCCCACGCCAGAGGAGCAGGGGAAGCACAACACCCAACUAGAGCGAAUACACACACUCUUCCGUCGCCAGCUGGCCAUCCCUUUUAUGGACCUGGAGGCUACGUACGGCGAGUACGAGGAGUGGUCAGAUCGUGGUGUUCCUGAAACGCUCACCUGUCAGUACAAAAAGGCCCUUCAGCAGCUGGCCAAGAGCAGGCCAUUCGAGGAGACUCUGCUUGUAGCGGAGCCUCCGAAGAUCGCUGAGUACCAGGCCUACAUAGAGUAUGAGCUGAAGGAAGGGGAUCCAGCGCGCAUCCAGAUCAUCUUUGAGCGGGCACUGGCAGAGAACUGCCUGGUUCCAGACAUGUGGGCAAAAUAUAACAACUACCUGGACCGCCAGCUGAAGAUCAAAGACUUGGUUUUACCGGCUCACGAGCGUGCGGUCAGGAACUGCCCGUGGACCAUGGGACUGUGGAAAUGCUACCUGCUAGCCCUAGAGAGACAUGGAGCCGAGCAUGACAUUGUCAGAGAUGUUUUUGAAAAGGCACUAGAGGCGGGCUUCAUUCAAGCCACAGAUUAUGUUGAAAUCUGGCAAGUCUACCUUGACUACCUGAGGAGGCGCGUCGACUUCUGCAAAGAAUCCAGCAAGGAGUUGGAAGAGCUGCGGGCAGCCUUCUCUCGAGCAUUGGACUACCUGAAACUGGAUGUGGAAGAAAGGUUCAGUGAAAGUGGAGAUCCUUCCUGUACUAUAAUGCAGAUCUGGGCCAAGAUAGAGGCACACCACUGCAAGAACAUACAGAAGGCCCGGGAACUGUGGGACAGCAUCAUGACGAAGGGGAACGCCAAAUUUGCAAAUAUGUGGCUAGAGUAUUACAACCUUGAAAGGGCGUACGGAGACGCACACCACUGCAGGAAGGCGCUCCACCGAGCCGUCCAGUGCAGCUCGGACUAUCCGGAGCACGUGUGUGAAGUCCUGCUGACGUUUGAGAGAGUGGAGGGUUCCCUGGAGGACUGGGAUGCGGCGGUGCAGAAGACGGACACGCGGCUCGGCAGGCUGAAGGAGCAGCAGGCCAAGGUGGCAGAAAAGGAGGCCAACCAGGCGGUGCAGAAGGAGGGGAAGGUGGAGCAGCAGCGGAAGGCUAAAGCGGACAAGAAGUCCCAGAAGAAGGGCCCGCCUGGAGGGAAGGCCGGAGGAGACAAGAGGAAAGCAGCGCCCGCAGACCACCAGGCCUGGGAUGAGGACGCAGAACGCGCACCUAAGAGGCACAAAGGAGCCGGGGAUGAGGGCGCAGAGGAGGACAUGGAGAUGGAAAUGGGUCUGUUUGGCCGCAAGACGCCGGCCGCCCGCACCAAGGGCCCCCCGGGCGCUAAGAAACCCCAGCAGCAGGCCUCGACUCCAGGCUCCGCCUCCGCCUCCUCCACCAAGGCCAAACCGGACGAAAAGCCGGAGCUCCGCAACGACAACAACAGCGUGUUCAUCAGCAACCUGGCGUACACGCUGGCUGAGCCCGAGCAGAAGCUCAAGGCGCUGUUUGAGUGCUGCGGGCCGGUGGACCAGGUGCGGCCCGUCUUCAGCAAGGCCGGCGUCUUCAAGGGCUACGGCUACAUCCAGUUUGAGUCCAAGGCCUCCGUCCCCGCGGCCCUGAAGCUAGACCGGCAGGAGGUGGAAGGCAGGCCCAUGUUCGUGUCCCCGUGUGUCGACAAAAACACCAACCCCGACUUCAAGGUGUUCAAGUACAACUCGGCCAUAGAGAAACACAAGGUGUUCAUCUCGGGGCUGCCCUUCUCCUGCACCAAACCACAGCUGGAGGAGCUGUGUAAAAGCCAUGGCACCGUGAAAGAUGUGCGCCUGGUCACCUAUCGCUCUGGGAAGCCCAAGGGCUUGGCGUACGUGGAGUUUGCGGACGAGGCGCAGGCUUCCCAUGCGGUGCUGAAGUUGGAUGGCACUGUGGUGGAUGACAACCAGAUAUCGGUCUCAAUCAGUAACCCGCCGCGCAAGAACCUGAAAGACCAGGGCGGUUUCGGUGGCUCGAUGUCGACCUCCAUGCCUCGCCAGGUCUAUGGAUCGAGAGGGAGAGGACGUACCCAGGUGUCGCUGCUGCCGCGCUCCCUCCAGCGACCCAGCGGGGCUGUGGCCAAAGCGGAGAACGGGACCGCUCUGACAGACCAGGACCAAGAGUUCAAGAAACCGGCAAAGCCUUUGUCCAACUCUGACUUUGCUAAAAUGCUUUUUAAAAAAUGAAAUUCCUAAACCCACUCUGUAUGGGAAGCCAUCUUGUGUCUUGAUAGUGAUGGCAAUUGUUUUUUUCUCUCUCAAUUAUGUUUUUUUUUAGGUUGCUGUGAAAAUGUCUUGACUAACAUAGCCAUUGGUCUAUCUUGGAACUUCUCUAGUGAAAUGUGGAUUUACUAUUCACUAUUGGAUAAGAAAUUGUAUUUGAUGCUUUUUUCCAAAAGGUGGUUUUGCGAUACUCUUAAUUCAUAAUAAUUUACCGUGUAUGUUUAUAUAUUGUGUAUUUUUGUUGUGCUAUUGUGGAAGCGGAUUUGACAAAACAGAGUAUUUUCUUAAAUAUUCUUGUGAAUGUUUCGAUUUAAAAGGGUAUAUGCAAGAGUUUGAAUUCAAUUUUUAUGUAUUGUAAUAGUUGUGUAAAUAUGGUGUAUGUGCUCAUAAAUACACUCUAAAAAAAAGUAAUCAAAGGAAUCACCAUUUCCUGUCGGAUAAAAUACAUUGCUUUCUUAUGUCCGGGACAUGAGUCUAAAACCACAACUUUUGCUACAUUUUGUUUAGUUAAGACUAAGUUGGGUUAGAUAUAUUGUUCCCUUUCUAACACAUGCCAACAAAGGGGUUUGGAGACCACGAGUUGUACAGCUGAUAGGAAAUAAAGAGGUUUCCUAAAUCAUCUGAUCUUCCCUUUCCAAUCUAAAAGUUUAAUUUUCAUAUCUUGAAACUUUUUUAUAUAUAAAAAAAUGUGAAUCUUGACCUUUGGUUUACUGUAUUACUAUAAACUAGUUCAGGAGGAAAGUUAGUUAUCCUCGCUAUUGUGGUGUAAAGGUAAUGCUAAAUCUUUGCUAACUAGCUAACAUUUUUUUAGCCUAGGUUCUUCGGAUUAAGAUUAGUGUUUACUUUGCAGAUACCCUGCAUUUCAAAAAUAAUCUAUGCAGAUUUUUGAUGAAAGUCAUGUUACAAAUAAAUUAUUUUCAUGUGUCUAUGUUGUGUGGGUGGAAAUGCAUGAUUUGGAAUGCAGUUUGGAUUUCUUUUUUUAUGCAUACUGUUCAGUCAUUCGAUUUCGGAAGAAGAUGGCUUAAAACCUAUAUGUGGAUUCUAUUACCUAAGUGACCUGAUCGAGGAUAAACUUAAGUCAUCAUUCAAUUUAUAUCCAAAAGCAUACAGAUUGUCCUUAAAACAAUCAAUUGUGGCAGACUUUCUCCUUUUAGUGUUCAGUAAGGUAACAAUGAUUUCUUUAUGUGCUGCAAAAGUCAUAAUAAUUCUUUGGACUGAAUGUUCUAAAGUUGUUUUAAUAAAGAACUGUAUUUCA